AUGGAGGAUAGUCCACUUUCGAUCACCGCCAAUGUCACCGGUAUCCUCACCUUCGCCGUUGCCAUCUUGGCAUCCAUGUAUGUCCGCAUCGUAUCGUUACGCAGUGGAAACCUCGAACUGCAAACUACGCUAGAAUCUGUUCAAGACAAUGUCCACGACUUGAUGAGAAUAAACCGUCAAAAUCCAUCGGACUUCCGGAAAAGCCACCACAUACAGGAAGGCGAUGGACCCAACAUUUGGCGAUUGAAACAGCUGGGUUCGGAUUUGAUCGCGACCGAACUAGUCAUCUACAUUUACUGUAUGCACGCUAAGGCUUUCGACGACAGGGAUCAGAUCGUAGUCAGCGUGCAAAGUGUGUUGUCCACUUUGAGGGAUACUGUCGUUAGCCAUACGGCGUUGAGUUAUGCACAGGCAGAGAUCUCAGGUAUUCCAGUACAGAAGCCUUUUAUGGGUAGCAUAUUCCUGCCCAUAUGCAGGUUUCUCCCCAUCCACUGGAAAUACCCGAGAAAACUCCUAUAUGCGUCGCAAAGGAUAUUGACGGUCGGUUCAUCUCCAACUUUGAUACGCUGGUAUCGUGUGCGAGAGACGGUUUUGGAGAAGGUCUCAAUGGCAAACUCAUCGGCUGAGAAGAGUGAAAGGGUACUACAGCAGCUCUCACAGCAACAAAAUGAAGUCAAGAACAAGUUGGAAGAGCUCACUCGACUGUUGACGACAGCGAACCAGGCGUCAGCACCACCAGCGAGCGUCAGCGACAGUGGUGAUCUAGCAGGUGCGCAGGCAGCGCCGCUGCCUGCCCAACAAGAAGCAGCGCAGUCGUAUCACGGCGCUGAGGGUACUGGCGGCUAA